AUGCAGACUGGUGCUGCCACUGGAACAACCAAAAUGCAAACUGUGAGUUUUAAUUUGAAAUUUUGAUUUGGAACUUUUUUGUGAGAAAAACAGAAGUUUUUGUUUUUCGGAAAUUUUUUGGAGAGAAGAGAGUCAUGAAUAAAAUAAAGUCUGAAUUAUUAAACAACACAUUUUAAUUAUUCAACAAAUAUUUUUAUUUUCUCCAUUUUUUCGAGGUUCUAGAGACUGGUGACUGGAACUCGGUGAGCAUAUUGAAUUUUUGAGGAACAGUUUUUCUUGUGUCAUUUUUUCAAGUAGGAUUAAAAUUUUUUGUUUUCUCAAUAGAAAAUCAGGAUUCUUAAAUUUCUAAAAAAUGUUCAAAUUACUAAAAAUGUAGUAUAAUCUCUCUGGAACAUCUUAAAAUUAGAAGAUCAAUUAAAAUCGUGUCCUUUCUCUGGUCACAUUCAGAAUUUGCUUUUUUUCACCAAACAUCUUCAUUCGAAAAAUUCUCCAGUUCACUCAAAAUCAGGAAUGAAAAUUCGAGAUCUCAAAUUAUCUCCAAGUUCUAAAAAAUGUAAACAAUUUAUUUUGAUCAGGUGAAAAUUGUGUGCUUUGAACUUCAAAUCAAAAUUAAUUCGAAAUUUCAGAACAAAAAUUCUGAAUUCUUUAACCUGAAAAUAAAAAAAUCCUCGAUUAAUUUUUUUGCAAGUUUCGUUCUAUAACGAAAGUUUUCCAAAUUUAGCUCUGAAAUUUCAUUUUCUAAAAGAAUUUUAGAAAUUCAUUUAGCUUGGGGCUAUUUUCAGAUCUCUUUUGAUUUCAUAAUUCCUCAAGUUUUCUUCUCAUUUCUCCGCAAAUCCGCUUCCGGAAAACUUAUUUUAGAACAGAACAGAACACGAAAACGUUUUUUGCAACACCUCCUCCGCGGCGCAGGUGAAAACGUAUCUACGCAAAUUGAAAAUUUUUAUCCCCUCCUUUUCACCAAAAUAAAAUUGUUUCAUUCUAAUUCCAUUCUGGUUUCAUUUCAUUGUUUUGCAAAAUGCGUUUACAGUUUAACAACUCACUAUUUGGCUCAUUCGAUGAUCCACUUUUACAUGCUCGAGCUGCUCAAGUUGCUCUCGCUGAUAUUGAUGUCAAAAAUGUGCAUCAACAAUUGACGAAUCCUCUAAUGAGACCACAUGAUAUGUUCAGGUUAGUCUGACAACAAAAAAAAGGGUAUCCCUCUCUAGGCUACUAAAUAAUUAAAACCUAUAUAAAUUUUUCAGUCAAAAACCUAUGAAAAAUUCAGUUCUUUUUCUGAACACUUCUUUUUUUCUGAAAAAUUAAUACUUUUUAAUUUUGAUUAGUUUUUAAUCGGACUAAAAAUGUCGCAACUGGGUACGAUUUUUUUGAAAUGUUAAGAUCAUCAAAUAUUUUAAUAUUUAGAUUUGAGUUAGCUUUUUAGAACCAGGGUGACCAAAUUUUUAAUUGAAAUCAGACUUUCAAAAAGGAUUUGGUGUGUUUUUCUCCUAUCAAAAAAUGUUAUAGCAACUACUUCUCAACUGGAAUUCAUGACACAGCUGCAAAUAUCUAUCAAGGUCUUCCAAGUUCAUCUGAACAACCAUUUGAUGCAUCUGUAAUUGUUCCAACAUCUUCCGAUGAUCAAAUGACUCCACUACAACAAGUUAUGGCAAUGCAAAGUUAUGGUGCUCCACCGCCUUUUGCACAAUAUAACAUGGCACAUUCAUUUUCAACAACUUCAAUUUCAAAUCCAACAAAUAUUGCAAGAUAUCCAAUUGCUCCUCCAACUUCAGAAUUGGAAACUGAUCCACGAGAAUUAGAAAGAUUUGCAGAACAUUUCAAACAACGCCGGAUAAAACUUGGUGUAACUCAAGCAGAUGUUGGAAAAGCAUUAGCUCACUUAAAAAUGCCUGGAGUUGGAAGUUUAUCACAAUCAACGAUAUGUAGAUUUGAAUCUCUCACUUUAUCACAUAAUAAUAUGGUAGCACUAAAACCAAUUCUUCAUUCGUGGUUAGAAAAAGCUGAAGAAGCAAUGAAACAAAAAGACAAUAUUGGAGAUAUUAAUGGAAUUUUGCCGAAUACUGAUAAAAAACGAAAGAGAACUAGUAUUGCAGCACCAGAAAAACGAUUACUUGAAGAUUAUUUCAAACAACAACCAAGGCCUUCUGGUGAAAGAAUUGCGGCGAUUGCGGAUAGAUUGGAUUUGAAGAAAAAUGUUGUGAGAGUUUGGUUUUGUAAUCAACGACAGAAACAAAAACGGUAAGAGUUAGGGAGAAAAGAACUUUUAGUUUAAAAAAAGUAUGAUGGACCAUGUUUCAAAAUCAAAAAUUCCCAAAAUUUUGAAAUUCUGUUAUUUGUUUCAAUAAAAACGGGAUACGUUUAGGCGAUUCUUGAAUUUUGUCUAAAUUGCUCGGGAUCUAAGAAAUUCGGAACUUUUACAAAACCUCAACUUAGUGAUGCUCAAAAUUUCUAGUUUGCAGAAAUGUUUCACAAACUAUAAAUGAAAACUUACCAAAAUAUUUCCCGAAAAUAACAAAUUCCAAUUUACAAUUAGUUUCGAUUUUUGAAAACUUUGAACACAUGAUGGAUGGUCCCAGAAAUUCCUAUGUUUUUCUCAGAAAAAUUUUAAAAUGUUCCGUAAAAAUUUAUAGUUCCAAAUGUCAGAGGUCAAAGGAAUAACUAAAUCCUGAAAUUCCCGUCUCAACUUUCGAUGUUUUCAGUGACUUUCGCUCCCAAUUUCGUGCCCGUAAUGCUGCCGCCGCUGUCAUGGGACCCCGUGUAAUGCCAACAUCAACAAAUUCCGCAGUCAAGUGUGGACCAUUCGGAGCAAUACCCUCGUUUUACGAUUAA